AUGGCGGAYGGAAAGAAGUUUAUAACUCCAAAAAGAAGACUUGUAUUUGAGAGGCAUUCAUUUGAUGACAACAAGAAAAGACACGAAAAAUGCAUAAAGGAUCAUUAUUUCAAUCACUCCGUAUCUCUGGUCAUUCCUAAUUACUCCUCUAAAAAAGCAUCAAAACAAUUGCAAUACAAUACCCCAUUGUAUGAUGAGUUUUGUCAUGCUCUUCUUCCUGUUCAUGUCUUUAUUGAAAAAGACUUUAUUGAUAAGUUCAUUAAACAAGGACAAUUCUAUGCAGUAAGUACUAAAACAUGCAUCGAUACAGGAAAUUGUGUUGCUGUACUGCCAACAGGUAUUUUGAUACUUUCUUUGGAUAAAGAUACCUAUGAAGAACUGGGUUUAACGGGAAAACAUUCCAUAUUCCAAAAGAAAAUGAGGUUUAUUGUAGAAAUUGAUUUGAAGGCUGCUUCAUUUCAUCCCGGGAAAAGUCAUUAUGAGAGAGUAUCAUGGUGCUUAAAAAAAGCCACUGAAAUGCGCUUUGARUUCGUAUUCACAUACUGCAAUCAAGAUAAUAAGAUAAACACAGAAAUUCUUCAAUCCUAUUUUCAGAGUUUUAAGUGCCAAUGUAUAAGAAAUAAUGAGGAUAACACAGACUUACCAAAUUUACCUACACCUUUAAUAAACCCAGCUAUUACAAGGAUAUCAGAUGACAAUGCCAUUGAUGUUAGUAGUUUUUAUGAAUGGUUAGGUUGCUUACAUUGUGGUGUUGACUGUAAUACAGGUGCACCAGACAGUUAUACAUCAACCUUAACAUGUCCAAAACCUAAUAUCGUGGCUGAGAAAGCUGUUAAGUGUCAAUGGACAGGACUUAUUACACCACAAAGAAUUAUAAAUCUUCUUGAAGAUGCUAGGACAUUGCUACAAACSUCYUCCACCCCACCMCCAUGGAUUGCCAUCAGUGUGUGGGGCUUUUGUGACAGCCCAGUAUCAUGGUUGWGUAAYGAGCAUGGUUUCCAGUACAGUGGAGAGAAUAUGUAUACAAUUGUUGUAUUUCCUGACAGCCAGUAUUGGUUUUUCCGUGCAUUAAGUAGUCAUGACAUUUGCUCAUAGGAUAGUGUUUUUAAAUGAGUGGUUAUCAUGUGAAACAUAGGGAUGUGUUGUUCUAAGACCAAAGGAGGUUAGUAUUAACCUGGCCUAGGUUAAACCCUUAGGUUAGCACUUACGGAUCUUUGAACAACCCAACUCAAAAGUGUUACAUGCGAAAUCUAUUUUCAGAGUACAUCAAUCCUUUAAAUAAUAGCCUCACUCACAGACAUUCUUGGUAUGAAUUCAAAGUUUCUUAAUUCAAAUUUCAACACCAGGAAUAUCUGCAAAUAGGAGGAGUUUUCAAUGCACCUGAAUCAACAACAUCUUUAUUCUUACUAAUUUUUUAGAAGUAAAUAAUGAUAAUUAUGUUAGAUUGACCUUAUCAUUUGUAUACUCGAUUUAAAAAGGUGUGUUUUUAACACAAUAAUGUUUAAUUUCAUGUCAACCACUAAACAUAUACAAAUAUUGUAAAAACAAAAGCAUAUUAUUUAUUUAUUUACCAUAAAACAUUAAAAACUGAAAGGAAAGCCAGCCGUGGUUUUGAAUGUCUUUUGAAUCAAUAAAAUAUAAACUUUAAAAUAAUUAAAAUAAUUGUUCUGAAAAGACUGUCGAACUCAGAUUAUGGUCAUUUUUUAUACAAAAUGUA